GAUGCAGCAGUCUUCGAUGGAGAGCUUGGAGGAUGAAGAACAAGCCCAGCUCGCACCGCCAGCCUCGGGCUCCACUCUGUGUCCUCCUCCUUACGUGGGGCAACCUGCGCCGUUCCCACCUCCGGAGUUGACUUGGGGCGUUGACUUGGGUUCGUUGUUCCAGGUGUUGCAGCAGCAGCAGCAGCAGGCGGCGGCGGCGCCAAUGGCCGUGACGGAGCUGACGGUGGGAAGGGGGAGCGGGAGCGGAGCUGGUGGUGACAGGGAGAAGGGGAAGGGCGGCUCCGGUGGGAGGGAGAAGAAGGUUGGCCGGCCGAGGUUUGCGUUCCAGACGAAGAGCCCGAAUGACAUCCUCGAUGAUGGGUAUCGCUGGCGGAAGUAUGGACAGAAGGCAGUCAAGAACAGUGCAUAUCCCAGAAGCUACUACCGGUGCACCCACCACACGUGCAACGUGAAGAAGCAGGUCCAACGUCUCUCCAAGGACACGAGCAUCGUCGUCACCACGUACGAAGGCAUCCACAACCAUCCCUGCGAGAAGCUAAUGGAGGCUCUCACCCCUCUCCUCAAGCAGAUCCAAUUCCUCACCAGGUUCUGAACCCCAACUGUAAACAUCGAUCGAUAAAAUGUACGCAUGUAUACUCACAUGCUCGCUUACGCUGUGUGCUGUAUAAAUACAUCCCGAACUCCCAACUCAAUGUUUGAUUCGACGAACACAUGAAAUAAUUUCCCAUUUCUGCA